AUGAGGUGUCCAUUCCCUAGCACGCCGCUGCAGCAGCAGCAGCAGCUGCUACAGCAGCAGCAAAUGCUGCAGCAGCAACAGAUGACGCCGCAGCACCAACAAAUGUUGCAGCAGCAGCAAAUGCUGCAGCAACAGCAAAUGAUGCAGCAACAGCAAAUGCUGCAGCAGCAGCAAAUGAUGCAGCAGCAGGGGCCCCCCAUGUUUAUGCCGCGGCAGCAGCAGCAAUUUGCCUGUAGCCAGCAGCACAUACCCUACGAAAGACAGCAGCAGCAGCAGCUGCAGCAGCACCAGCAGCAGCAGCAGCAGCAUAUGGGCUUGUGCAGCAGCGCAUCAGGGACAAUUCUGCUGCCUCUCUCUCCCCGUGCGAGUUGGCAGGACAAGCUGCUGCUGUCGCAGCCACCUGCGCAGCAACAGCAGCAGCAGCAGCAGCAGCAUUUGCUGCUGCAGCAGACACCGCAGCACUAUUAUCAGCAGCAGCAACAGCAGCACCAGCAGGUAGGGCAGCAGCACCUCUAUCAGCAGCCAAUUCCGCAGCUCCAAGGGCAGCCCCUCUACCCGCUGCAGCAACCCUAUCAGCAGCAGCAGCAGCAGCAGCAGCAGCAGCACGUGAGGCACCGCAGCGAUUGCUCUCCUCUUGCUUCAUAUGAUAAGGCUGAGCCUCUUGCUGCAAACAUGAGGGACCUACAGCGUCGCAUCGAGACAGUGGCAGCGCAUGCGGACUCUCUAAAGAAGUGCUUAGACGAAGAGAAGCGAAGAGGCAGCAGCAACCCUGACGGGUGGAGUCUGCUGCAGCAGCAGCAGCAGUUCCUGCGGCUAAUGCAGCAAGAGCAGCAGCUUCUGAUGGAAAUACAGCAGCAGCAGCAGCAGCAGCAGCAGCAAGGAGGGUACGCGAGCGACACCUCGGCGACUCAUUUAAGGGCUAAGUCUCAUGCAGGUAGGCCGGUAACGAAGUGUGGGCAGGUCUCUCCGUUGCGCAGCAGCUCAGCUGCAUGCGGCAGCAGCAGCAGCAGCAGCAACAUCAAUGGAACAGGGAGGACAGCAGCAGCAGGUGCUGCUGCUGCUGCGCUUGAAAGGAAGCGCCUCUUCCUGCACGCCAGCAGGAAGAACCGCAGCAACAGCAGCAUCAACAGCAGCAGCGCAGCAGCAGCCGAAGAUUUUAUCUCCGAUGUAAGGCCUCAGGGCAGCCCCAAGCAUCAGAGGCAGCAGCAGCAGCAGCAGCAGCAGCAGCAGCAAGAGACAGAGCAGGAGGAGCAGCAGCCGCUGCAGCAGCUGCGAAGCCGGCAGCCGCCGUCCCUCCGGAGGCAGCAGCAGCAGCAGCAGCAGCAGCACCGUUCUCUCUCCAGCACGUGGGGUGUACAGACACCUGCACACAAGACGCCUACUUCCUCGGUUGCUGCUUCGCAGCAGCAGCAGCAGCAGCAGCAGCAGCAACGACGGGGAGCAGGGGGAAGGACGCGUAACCCACCUGCUGCUACUCCUACUGCUGCUCCUGCUGCUGCUGCUGCUGCUCCUCUGACUCGCUGCGUCUCACGCAAAGUUGCAGGCAGCAGAAGGCCGCUGCCACGAACAGCAGCAGCAGCAGGAUCUGCUGCUGCUGCUUACACAAAGUCUUCCUCUUUCAACAGCAGCAGCAGAAACACUAGACAGGCAGCAGCAGCAGCAGCUGCUGCUGCAGCAGCAACACCAACUGCUGCUGCUCCUGCUGCUGCUCGUCCCUCCAACAGCAAUAACCGCAGCAUCGGAAUAGCAGUAAGUAAUACAGACAGCCUGAGGCCCUCGCUGCGGGGCAACAGCAGCAGCAGAACGCAGCCAGAGGCAGCGGCGGCAGCAACCAGUAGCAGAAGCACCAACAGCAGCAGCAGCAACAGCAGCAACAGCAGCAACAGCGACCCUGAAGAGGCUGUUGAUGCGAGGGAGGCAAACAGUCUCAGGCCUUCAUCAGCAGCAGCAGCAGCAGCAGCGAAGAGAAGGGCUAAUGCUGCAGCAGAAGAGGGUGUUUGCAACCUCAGCAGCCAGCAGCUGCAGCAGCAGCAGAUGUACGAUGAUGAAUCCGAUAUGUCUCCUUACAGCUGCAGCAGCAGCAACAACAACAACAGCAGCAGCAGCAACAACAGCAUCAGCAGCAGCAGCAGCAGCUCGUCCUUUAGACUUCGGCGCAGUUUGUCUCCUGCAGUGCCCUCUUACAGCAGCAGCAUCAGCAGCAGCAUCAGCAGCAGCGGCAGCAGCAUCAGCAGCAGCAUCACCAGCAGCAGCAGCAGCACAUCCACUCUCAUUCGCAGCAGCAGCGCCUCUCGCUUUCAUUUCUUUAAGUCUUCUGCUGCUGCGCUGCAGCAGCACCAGCUGCUGCCCUCCCGCAGCACUAUGGCGCCUUCUGUCUCUCUUGAGCUUAUCUCUCCAGCAGCAGCAGCAGCAGCAGCAUCAGCAGCAGCAGCAGCAGCAGGAGCUGCUGCAGCAGAUGCUGUGGAAGAGACAGAGGAUGCCUCUAUGCCUGCAUCUUUGUUAGAAGUAGAGACACUUAAAAGAAAUGAAGAGAAGCAAAUAUAUUUGCUGCAGCAGCGCAAGCAGCAGCUGCAGCUGGCACUGCAGCAACAGCAGAAGCAGCAGCAGCUGCAGCAGCAGCUGCAGCAGCACUUAGAUCGCAGCAGCUUGCCAUCAUUCAAUACAGAAUGCAAUACUGCAGCAGCAGCAGCAGCAGCACAUCAAGAGGCACACAACGCCGAUAAGUACCAGCAGCAAAUGCUACAGCAGCAGCAAUUGCUGCAACAGCAGCAAAUGCUGCAGCAACAGCAACACUCAAGCGACGAGGCACUCAGCAUAUCUACAGAUGACCCUAGGCGCAGCAGCAGCAGCAGCAGCAACAACAGCAGCAAUAGCAACAGCAACAGCAACAGCAGCAGGAGCGGCAGUCGCUCUCCUUUGCUGGAGCCCUCUCUGGGUCGUGGCUUCUCCAGUGCUUCUGUUUCUGCUGCUGCAGCAAAUGAGCUGCAGCAGCAGCAGCAACAGCAGCAGCAGCAGCAGCACGAACACCAAGUACGUCAGGUGCAGCAAGAGCAGCAGCAGCAGCAGCAGAUGCUGCAGCUGCAACAAGAUCACAUGCAACAGCAGCACCUCAUGCAACAGCAGCAACAACAGCAACACCCGCAGCAGCAGCUGCAGCAACAGCUCCAGCGACAGCAGAUGCAGCAACAACAGCUGCAGCAACAACAGCAGCUGCAGGAGCAACAGCAGCUGCAGCAGCAACAGCAGCUGCAGCAACAACAGCAGUUGCAGCAAAGGCAGCAAGAGCAACAGCAGCUGCACCCGGUGCUGCUUCCGGGGCAGCUGCAGCAGAAGGAAGGGCUGCAGCAACAGCAGCUUCUGCAGCAGCAAUUGCUGCUACAGCAACAAGCGCAGCAGCAGCAACUGCAGCAGCAACAGCUGCAGCAGCAGCCAGGACAGAUGCAGCAGCGAGAGCAGAUGCAUCAGCAGCAGAUGCAACAGCAGCAAUUGCAGCAGCAGCUACAGCUGCAGCAGCAGCAACUGCAACAGCAGCAACUGCAGCAGCAGCAACUGCAACAGCAGCAACUGCAGCAGCAGCAGCUGCAGCAGCAACAACUGCAGCAGCAGCAGCUAGAGCAACGCCGAUUGCAGCAGCAGCAGCAAGAGCAACAUCGUUUACAGCAGCAGCAGCAGCAGAAGCAAAAGCAGCAGCAAAAGCAGCAACAGCAGCAAGAGUUGCAGCUAAUUCUGCAGCAGCUCGCAGCCCCUGUAGAGGAGGAGAUAAUCACGUGCACAGGCGACCCCCACGGUGAAGAGGAUUUCUUUAUGUUUGCUGCUGCUCAGCUCAAAGAGCGGCAGCAAGUAGAAGCAGCAGAACUAAGCAGAAAUAUUAGAAGGCAUCAGCUGGGUCUGUCUAACGGCAUUACUGCUUUUAUUAAUUGCUAUCCUGCAGAUGCUGCACCCCACUCACCUGCUGCUGCUGCUGCUGCUGCUGCUGCUGCAGUAAGCACUCCAGCAGGAAUUGCUCCUACUGCGCAGCAGCAGCAGCAGCAGCAGCAGCAGCAGUUGUUGCCUCAACAACAGCAACAGCAACAGCAACAAAUGUUCGGCAUGAUGCGGGAACAAAUGCUGCAGCAGCAGCAAAUGCAACAGCACAUGCUUCAGCAGCAGCAGCAACAGCAGCAGCAAAUGCAGCAACAGCAGCAGCAGCAGCAGCAAAUGCAGGAUGAGCAGAAGCCUGCUGCAGGCGGUUGGUUUGCUGGUGUCCUUAGCUGGAUGGGAGGAGCAGCAUCAGCGAAGCAGAAGCAGCAAACGCAGCAGCAGCAGCAAGUGCAGCAGCAAGUGCAGCAGCAGGUGGUGAGGCAGCACCAGCACCAGCAGCAGCAGCAGCAGCAAAUGCAGCAGCAGCAGCAGCUAGCCUUUCAAAUGCAGCAACUCCACCUGCAGAGACAGCAGCCCCAAAGGCAUUCAAGUCAGCUGCCAGCGCAGCACCUCUUGCUGCAGCAGCAGCAGCAGCAGCAGCAGCAGCAGCAGGUGCUGCGGCCCUCUGCUUCUCUACCAUCGCUGCACGCAACGCAGAUGCCCCCGAUGAGGCUUUAA